AUGGUUCUAGUUCGAAGGGAGCACUGUCCACCAAAACCAACUGAAAACCAACAUCCAAAUCUCAUACCUCAACCAGAAGGUCCUGCACCAGCUUCUCCAGCCACAGAACUUAAGUCAGUGAAUCAACCGCCUCCAGUUCAGCCAGUCAUGAAUAAGUCUGAUCCAAGUAAUCCUGCACAUUACGAGGUUCAGCCACAUGGAGGUCCUGAUCCAGCUUCUCCACCUGCUGGGCUUCAGCCAGAGAAUCAGUCACCUCCAGUUCAGCCAGUCAUUAAUAUGUCUGCUCCAAUUAAUGCAGUGCCACAACUGAUUCUGCCUUAUAAAGGCUAUCCAGUCCAAAGCUACCCUCCAAAUGCCAUACCUCACACAGCAGGACCUGGACCGGUUCCUCCAGCUACAGGGCUCCAGCCACAGAAUCAACUACUUCCAGUUCAGACAGUCUUGAAUCAGUCUGAUCCAAGUACUCAAGCACCUCACCAGGUUCAGUCAUAUACAGGCCAUCCAGUCCAAAACUACCCUCCAAAUGCCAUAUCUCAGACUGCAGGCCCUGGACAGGUUCCUCCAGGUGCAGGGGUCCAGCCACAGAAUCAACCACUUCCAGUUCAGACAGUCAUGAAUCAAUCUCCAAAUCCAAUGCCUCAGCCAGGACAGCACCUUUCCACUUAUCCUGUGGGAGGUUAUGUAGUACAUGGGCACGUUCCUCCGCUUGCAGGGCUCCAGCCGGGCAAUUAUCCACCUCCAGUUCAGAUAGUCAUGAAUCCGUCUAGUCCAGGUCAUCCCGUCCAAAACAACCUUCCAAAUCUCAUGCCUCAGUCAGAAGUUCCUGCACCGGCUCCUCCAGCCAUAGAACUUCAGUCAGUGAGUCAACCACCUCCAGUUCAGCCAGUCUUGAAUCAGUCUGAUCCAAGUAAUCCUGCACCUCACCAUGUUCAGCCAUAUGCAGCACCUGCAGUUCCACCACUAGUUCAACUUUAUGGAGUACCACCUGGUCUCGAAUACCUCACUCAGAUUGACCAAAUACUUGUUCACCAAAAAAUGGCGUGUAUAGAGAUGCUUACUGGCUUUGAGACUAACAACCAGUAUGAGAUCAAGAACAGCAUCGGGCAAGAGAUCUACCAUGCCAAAGAAAAGAGUAACUGCUUUAUACGUAAUAUCUUUGGUUCAGCACGUGGUUUUAAAAUGCGAAUUACAGACAACAUGGGCCAAGAGGUCAUUCAGAUGGACAGACCAAUGCGCUGCUUCCUGCAAGAGAUUGAAGUACAGGCUCCACCUGGAGUAACCAUAGGCUAUGUGAAACAGGAGUGGUCCUGCUUUUUACCAAAAUUCUCCAUCCUGGGCCUCAACAAUGAGGUGCUACUGAAGAUCCGGGGACCCUUCCUUCCACUCAAAUGCUGUGGUGACAUAAAUUUUGAGGUAAAAGGCAUGCUUGGUGAACAGUCUAUUGGUCGAAUCACAAAACAACGGAGUGGUUUCAUUAAGAAAUGCAUCAGUGAUGCCACCAACUUUUGUAUCCAGUUCCCUAUGGACAUGGAUGUUAAUAUGAAGGCUGUACUUUUAGGUGCUUGCCUCCUUAUUGACAUUGCGGUCUAA